AUGCACCCAGAUGAGGGUAUGCUUCCUCUCGAAGUUUUCAGAAUUACCGACGAGGAACGCGCCUUCUUCGAGGAUCGCCUGGGACCAUUCAACAACUACGUCAGCGACCAUAGCGCUUCGAAAGCUAAAGUCGCCAAAAUCUGUAGCGCAGCUUGUCCUGCACUAGUCGCCGUUAACAACGCCGUGACGAUCGCCGCUCUCACUCGACGCCACAACCGUCUGGCCGCGUUGGUUCCGUUGGUUCCCUACACGCAUUCGGUUCCACGUCCACGACAUGCCUUCAGAGGCAGGGUGGGGCCCUGGCCGUCAUGCAGUAGUUUGGGUUGUAGGUUCUAAUAACCUAAUUCAGGUUAAAGUCGUACACGUCGAGCCCGAUUCUCCUGCCCGCAGACUGGACGUCACCGCCGAAGCCUUCCGCUGGUCGAACCGGACUCUAUAGCGCGCGUUUACCGCUUACGGUAUAGAUAUCGGCAUCGGUCACACCGCUGGCAUCUGCAUACGCCUUGUCAAGACCUCGGCCGCCUCAAAUCAGUGUAUGAACUAGUGUCUCGUUCCUCUAUGUUUGAAAACCUGCAAACAGACUCGAUCGGUCACCAAGUGAUCGACCUCGUCUUCGGCCGUCCUCGACCGAACGCAGACCAGCCCCUGCAACUACGAGACCCUCCCAAUCUUCCACAAGUAGAUUGGACUUUCUCGGUCCAGCAACAAAUGGUAGUCCUCACCCCGGAUCAGAAGGAGGCUGUGCGCCUCGGUUGUUCCAACGAGCCCAUAGUCGGUAUACAGGCAGACUUUGGCACAGGCAAAACCCUCAUAGGCUCUAUUAUUGCUGCCUUGUCUUCUGAUACCCCCAAAACUACCGUUAUUGUCACGACGACUACGAACGCGGCGGUAGCCCAGUUCUUUGACACGUUGCUCUCUCCGGAUGACUUUUCUCAUCGACGAGUUGUUCGCCACAUUUCAGAUUCAGCCGCAGCCGACAACCGUACUCCUACGGACGCCGACCUCAGUAAGAUUCUGAAAACGCUGGGCGACACCUUCUAUAACCAGUUGGACUUCGAUGAACGCGUAAUUUGUGCUGACUUCCGGAAUCAUCGGCAACUUCUCGAAGACUACCUAGCCCACCCUGAGCGCGUCCCCGAAAUGUCCUACAUUCCCCGUUUCGCACUAUCAUAGGCGAUGAAGCUUCCCAGAUACCGGAGCUUGCCCUUCUCGCCAUCGCCGCCCGCUUCUAAGACGCUCGCCACGUAUAUAUCGGCGAUGAGCACCAACUCACCCCGCACGCCAAGUGCCCACAUGCGUCAAAUCCCGUACUACACGGCGCCCGUGGUGUCAUGUCCAUUCUAUCGCACGCUCCGGGGGGUGCCUGUCGCUCCUUUGGUGACAACGUUCCGCGCGCACCCCGCUCUUAUUGAGAUCCCCAACACCAUAGCGUACUCGGGAUCAUUGGUCAGUGGGACACCUGCAGAGGCGCGUACUCUCUUACUGAACUCUCGCAUCCGCUUCCCGUCCCCAGGCGUACCCUUUAUGUUCAUCCACAUGGAAGGCACAUCGGUGCAGGCCAUAAGUAAGUCCCAUUACAGCACCGUUGGAGGUACGUUGCUUGCGCCUCUUGGACCUCUUGGCUCAAAAUGA